AUGACCUGCUAUUACUUCAAAAUAAAGAGCAAUAAUCCUCCUUUAACAAAAAUAGUAAGAGUUACGGAUUACAUCGCAUACAACUUUUAUCUCGAUUUAAAACAGGAGGUUCGAGUAGUUUUUCAGUUUCCCGACAGUUUUGACUUCAGUUUUCGUUAUAAAGACGAAGAUGGCGAUAUUAUAAAUAUAUCUGACAAGGCUCAGCUACGUUAUCUGGUUGAACUUGGCAGAACAUGCAGAGGUGGUUAUUAUCCUCUCACCAUCGUGUCUGAUCAAUACGAACAAUCCACUACUCAAGAUGAUCACAAAGAUACAUUUGAUGCAUCAUCUACAGCUGGAUCCGCAGUCGAGUCAGUAGCUGGAUCAAUUCAAUCAAUAUUAUCCAGUUUUGAAUCAAGCUUAUCAGGUUUCCAGUCCAACUUGGAAAGAAACGUACAAAACAUAUCCUCUAUGUUAGAGAAGAACGUACAGAAUAUCGCAUCGACUGUAGAGAAGAACGUACAGACGAUCACAUCUACGGUUGAAAAAAAUGUGUCUUCAGUAGAAAAGAAUAUUGCAAGGACUACGAAUGAAAAUGUUGAGUUGAUUAUUAAGUCAGCAGCACAACUUUAUAACUCUAUUGCUUCCAACAAGACAACCCCCGUGUUUAACGAAAACCUUCAAUUUGAUGUGAUCUGUAAUGGAUGUUAUUCUCUUAUAAGAGGACAAAGAUGGAGAUGUGAAACAUGCGAUGAUUUUGAUUUAUGCAGCGCUUGCAAGUGCCGAAUGACUCAUAAUCCUGAACAUAGCUUCAAACUUAUAAAAGAUGAUAUAAAGGCUGACAUUACAUUCAUAUGCGAUUAUUGUAACUCUGACAUUGUGGGAAUACGGCAUACCUGCAAUGCUUGUCCAGAUUUUGACCUUUGCAAUGUAUGCUUCGAAGCCGUGCAUGAAAAUCAUCCACCAAACCAUACAUUCACUACUCGUCUUGUCGGUAGUUCGCCAAGAAAAGGCAAAACAAAGCCAAAAGCAUCUGAUACUCAGACUUCAGCUUCCGUAGUACAGCAUCCAAAUAUCCUAUGUGAUUGUUGUGACUCCAACAUCACAGGUAUCCGAUAUAAAUGUGGACACUGUCCCGAUUACGAUCUAUGUGAAAAAUGUGAAGAAAAAUCACAAACAAUCCAUGACGAGAGUCAUGUGUUUCUCAAAAUAAGAACACCAAUCGUUGGGGCGACAACUCGUCCGCUCUUACCAAGAUUUAGGACACCCAAAAAUACAUCUCCUCGUCGUCGUUCUACUGUAGAGAAGCCAGACGAGACGGCCGGUAAGAAGAAACCUCUUGUAGCUGUCAGUCAGCCUCCGAUCGAGGUCAAACCAACAGAAAUGGAAAAUCCAGUUCGAAGGCCGACAACACGCACAGUAUCCCCAGGUAUACAAGAGAGACUUCAAGCUGAACACGAAGCGAAAGUUAGGCAAAGAAUGGCAAUUGAACGGCCAGCCUAUGCAACCACAAUCAUUCAUGAAAAUGCUCCAGAGUAUGACAAACCAGAAGACGUUCAUUCAUUGUGUAGUGUUCAAUCAGAGAAACGCACAUUAUCGGACAUAUCAGAAUCUCCCAAUUUGAAGCAAUCUUAUCAAGAGCCUAAACAAGAAAAGAAGGAAACAUCAUCUGAAGUGACAACUGAAGAAAAACCAAAUAUAUCUUCCCAAUUUUUGGCUGAUCUUAAUGUCCCAGAUGGAACCGUAGUUGUACCAAAUAAGCACUUCAUUAAGAUGUGGAAAGUCAAAAACAAUGGUAAUGUUCAAUGGCCGGCUGGAUCUCGCCUACUGUUCAAUGGUGGCAAUAUCUUUAAGCCUUACCCUAUGUCCUAUCCAGAAGGAUUUACCCUUCCAGCUCUUGCUCCCAAUGAAGAAGCAUGUAUUACAGCUGAACUUCAAGCACCUGAUGCUCCUGGUAAUUACAGCAGCUUCUUCUGCUUUGCUACACCAGAUGGUAUUCGUUUUGGUGAUGAAUUGUGGUGCGAUAUUAAAGUCGCAGAGGAUUCUGUUGAUCAAACCAACAAUCAUGACAUGAUUUAUCCUACCAUUUCGACUACUCAUGAGCAUCACGAUGAUCACUCUACAGCAACCAGUACCGACAGAACCACGUUUGACGAUCAUUUGGAAAGUCAUGGUAGCAGCCCCGUCAUAUCAGAACUCCACUUUAGCUCUGAGGAAUUCGUUGAUGAUCAUACCCACUCAAAGCGUAGCAGUGGAGAAGAUGAAUAUGAAGUCGAGUCUGUCGCAAGUCAAGAAUCAUACCUAGUAGUAGAAACUGAGCAGCAUGAGGAAAAUGAAAAAGUAUCAAAUAGUUAUGAGUCUGUUAUGACUAUCAAGAAGGAAGAUGAUGUAUUGGACACAGAAUUCAAGUAUAAAGAUGAGCUUCAAAGAAUUCGUGAAAUGAUUUUGAACUAG